AUGAUACCUCUCAAGCUUCUUGCCCCGUUUGAUUGGUCUAGGUAUCCUGCUCCCCUGACUCAUCCUUUUUGCUCGUAUACCUCUUCAUCACUCCCUUUUUCUCACCCCCACACAUUGCAAAGAGGCAAGCUUACAGAGAAGGCUAAGCAUGGAGACGAGAGGGAGGUUACCAAAGGAGAGCGAGAACAUGGUGUUGAAGCUAGGGUCCAUCAUCAUCUCAGUAGGCAAAGCUUUGCCAUGGAUGAUGCAGCAGACCCUCAAGGGAGUUCCAAUAGCUCAGGCAACGCCUUAGAUGAAGCGGGUGACACGCUAGAUGUCAAGGACAUGCUAGGCGGUGCCAACGACAUCCUUGGCAUGAGGGGCGAUGUCGAAGACACGCUAGAUGUCAAGGACAUGCUAGGCGGUGCCAACGACAUCCUUGGCAUGAGGGGCGAUGUCGAAGUAGGGGAACAAGCAAGUGGUUGCAUGGGCAAUGCCUUCAUAAGAGCUGGUGUGGUCUUGCACUAUGCAGAAGACUGCACGAGCCUGGGCUGGGUGACGUCUUAUAGGUGCAAGUGCAAGCGCAUGCUGGGCGACGCCUUGUAA